AUGAGCCCAACAUUAGGUAACAUUGCAAGUGGUGGGAGUGAUAAAAAGCUUAUUGUGUUGAUGUUGCUUGACGAGCUCCGAUUCAUUUCCGAUUCCGUUCGAUGCAACCUCAAUUCCUUCUCUACUACUUCUUCUUUCAAGGUUGAAGUUACGAUUGUUGAUGUUUCUACCAGUCAUCAGAUUGGGAUCGACAGUUUGGAGAACAGAAAAAUUGCUCAUUUUAUAGCUGAUAAGAUCAACAAUUCAUCAGCGAAGGUUCGUGUUUGCCUGCCACGGAAUGGUGUAUCUGCUCUGGAUGCACCAGCGAAGUCAUUUUAUGAUCCUGAGGCUACUGCUACUCUUAUAGAGGAACUACAGAAAGCAAUUCAGUUAAAUAAUGAUAGGCAGGUGAAGGUAUAUCCUUAUCAUAUUAAUGAUCCUGAGUUCGCUGAGGAAUUGGUUAACUCAUUCUUGGAAAUUACUCCAAAAGAUACGGACUCAUGUGGCCUAAAACUUGUUUUAGCUGAAACUAGUCAAGACCUUCGAAAGGAUUUCAUUUCCAAGUUCAAUUUGUCUGCCAAUGGAAACAUUACAUACAGUCUUAGUGACUUCCCAGAGGCAAGACCAGAAACUUUGCAAAGAACACGAACGAUAUUGGGGAACUUGAAACCUCAAAUACAUAAAGGAGUUCCCAUAAUAGGGGCUGGUGCAGGCACUGGGAUAUCUGCCAAGUUUGAAGAAGAUGGUGGUGUUGAUCUGAUAGUAGUGUACAAUUCGGGGCGAUUUCGCAUGGCUGGAAGGGGUUCUUUAGCAGGUUUGCUGCCUUUUGUCGAUGCUAAUGCCAUAGUGCUUGAAAUGGCCAAUGAAGUAUUGCCUAUAAUUGAAGUGAUAUUGGGUUGAAAGCUAAGCGAUUGUGUAGAAAUGGCCAAGCGACCGUUGAAAAUUGAAGACUGAGAAGGCAUUUAGGAUUUUUAAUUAUUUAAUUCUUGUAUUAGAAUCUUUUUUCAUGUACUAUUGUAGAAUGUAUAUAUAAACAUAAUAUUAAUAUUUUAUUUUGUGUAUUCAAAUGUAAAAGACAAAUGUUAUAGUUUCUAACAUAAUAUGAAUUUCAUUGA